UAUCUAUCUCUACGGAGUUUAAGUGCUAUUUAUUCUCAUAUUCUGUCUAUUAUAUCCUAGUUUAUAGAGAGGCUUCUAGUGUAUUAUAUAUGCCAUAUUAUACCCCUACAAACCCGCAGAGAAUGCACCCCUCGCUGACUCGAUGUUGCGUGUUUUCAGCUGUCCUACCCGCCCGUUGUUUGGCCCUGUUGGACGACUGGUUGGACUAUCGAAGAUCCACACGCUAUUUAUUGCAUUGACCGCUCUAAAUAGACAAACCGACAAACAGGAUUAUCCCCCUUCUUCUUCCCGUUUCCCUAGUUUCAGCUGUCGAGGGGCACGAAGGGGGACGUUGUACAUUAUACCUCAACCUCCUCAACCCCCCCCCCCCCUUCAAUGGUUAGCUAAUAGCCGCUGCACGGUGACUUAGGGAUGGGGGUUGUCCUAAUGGUCCUGAUUCAAUUCCCUCAUUGGAAGCCACCUUCCGGCCGCUCUAACCGUGACGAAUCCAUGAAUCCACCAGCCCAACCACUCGAAACGUGAAUCAAUCCACGCGUACUCACGGCGGCGGUGCUACUCGUAUCCCCCUCCAGCUUACAGCUUAAAUACCCUGCCUCACCCCGUUGCUCUCUGUCCUUCCUCUCUCCUCCCUCCUUCCCGUCAAUUAGUUAUCACCAGCUUCAUAUUUCACUUCAAUUUCCAACUCUAAUACCCAAUACCCUUUUAAGAAACACUUCUCUUAAAUCAACCGCAAUCAUGUUCGGAUUCGGCGACGCCCACGACGACUACCAACAGGCCUACAACACUAACGACAACACUCCCAACGAGGCCAAGUUCUCCCACGAGGCCAUCGCCGGUGCCGCCGCCUUCGCUGGCUUCAAGGCCUUCGAGGACAAGCAGCGCAAAGACGGCAAGCCCGUCUCCCACCAGUUCGCCAAGGAGCUCCUCGCCGGCCUCGCCGGUGCUGAGGUCGACCGCCUUGCCGAGACCAAGGGCAUGGACUUCUACGACAAGGAGCGUGCCCAGCACCAGGCCAAGGAGAAGAGCCAUGAGCUGUAUGACCAGCACUACGGACAGCAUGAGGAUUAUAACCCUCAGCAGAGGGAUGCGCCGCAGGAGGUGCAGCAGUAUGGGAGGUGGUAGAUUGGCUGGGCUGGGCCUGGUUGGAUCGAGGAGAUAGGUAGUCAUGAAAUUGACAUCCUUUGUGAACAUG